AAUAAUAAUAAAUACUCGUACCAACCAAACAAAAAGCUGUUUCAUAGGAUACAUAUCAUCACCAUCACCAUCAUCAUCAUCAUUUACGUAUACUAAUUAGCCAUCUAGAUUAAGAGAGAUCCAUCUUCAUCAGUUGGAGGAAUGAAGAGCAGCAGCAGCAGCAGCAGCAGCAGCAUAGAGAUGGAUGAUGAGAGGCUUCUGGCUGAGGUUGCUUUCAAGGACGACUCUUCUUCUUCCAUGGUCAUCAAAAUCCGCCGUAAAUUGCCUGAUUUUUUGCACUCUGUCAAGCUCAAGUAUGUCAAAUUAGGCUAUUCUUCUUCUACCUUCUUCUUCAUUAAUAAUAAUAAUAAUAACAAUAAUCCAGCUGCUUCCACUCUCCUCCUCCUACUACUCUUUCUCCUCCUUUCUUUCUUUACACACAGGCUCUUUCUUCUUUUCUCCCAAAUUUGGAUCACUCGUAAAACAAUCUCUCUUGCUGACUCCUCCGGUACCCUUGUACUAAUUAUUGCUUCCACUACUCUACUCAUCUUCUUGCUUUCCAUCUACUUCUCUAAAACCCCAAGCCCCGUCUACCUGCUUGACUUCGCAUGCUACAAGCCCGACGACGAACGUAAAAUGUCGGUUGAUUCUUUCUUGAAGAUGACCGAAGAAAAUGGUGCUUUUGAAAAAGACUCCAUCGAAUUCCACAAGAGAAUAUCUCACCGUUCGGGGCUAGGAGACGACACCUACUUCCCCCGGGGGAUUACAUCAACCCCACCUAACCUCUCCAUGAAAGAAGCCCGUUUGGAGGCUGAAGCUGUUAUGUUUGGUGCUAUUGAUUCUCUCUUCGCCAAAUCUACUGUUAAUCCAAUGGUGGACAUUGGUAUUCUUAUCGUCAACUGCAGCCUGUUCAACCCAACCCCAUCUCUCUCUUCCAUGAUAGUCAACCAUUACAACCUCCGUACAGACAUCAAGACUUUCAAUCUCGGCGGUAUGGGCUGCAGCGCCGGCCUCAUUUCUAUUGACCUCGCCAAACACUUACUCCAGGCCAAUCCCAACACCUACGCACUUGUUGUCAGCACCGAGAACAUUACCCUCAAUUGGUACUUCGGUAAUGACCGCUCCAUGCUUCUCUGCAACUGCAUCUUCCGCAUGGGCGGCGCCGCCGUUCUUCUUUCCAACAAGUCCCGCGACAGGCGUCGAUCCAAGUACCAGCUCGUCCACUCCGUCCGGACCCACAAGGGUUCAGACGACAAUAGUUACAACUGCGUUUACCAGAGGGAAGACGAAAAGGGUGUGGUCGGAGUGUCGUUGGCUAGAGAACUGAUGGCGGUGGCGGGUGAUGCUCUGAAGACGAAUAUAACAACACUGGGACCCCUGGUUCUGCCAUUUUCGGAGCAGUUGAUGUUUCUUGUAACGUUGGUGAAGAGGAAGGUGAUGAGAAGUGCGAAGGUGAGGCCUUAUAUACCAGACUUCAAGCUUGCGUUCGAGCACUUUUGCAUACACGCAGGUGGGAGAGCGGUUCUUGAUGAGGUGCAGAAGAAUCUUCAACUCACUGAGUGGCACAUGGAGCCUUCGAGGAUGACACUACACAGGUUCGGGAACACGUCGAGCAGUUCAUUGUGGUAUGAAUUGGCAUACACAGAAGCAAAAGGGAGGGUUUCCAGAGGUAAUAGGGUUUGGCAGAUUGCAUUCGGGUCGGGUUUCAAGUGUAACAGUGCUGUUUGGAAAGCGUUGAGGGAUAUACCUGCUAAAGACUGCCCCUCCACUAAUCCAUGGUUUGAUUGUAUUGACAACUACCCUGUACUACUAUUACCUACUUCUUCUUCUUCUUCCUGAUAUAUCCAUCAUCAUCAUCAUCAUCAUCAUAUAUUUAUACACAAGAUCGUGACCAAUUCUUCCAUUUAUAUAUCUACUGUUGGUUGGUGAUUAAUUAGCUAGUUGUACGUACGGCUUUUUUGAUAUAUAUAUAUAUAUAUAUAUAUAUAUAUAUAUUUAGAGGGAGAACAUGAUCAUCUUCAAUGAGCUAGGUGACACUGUUGAUUGAGAUUAAUUUAUUUAUCCCAGAAAUAUAAUCAAAAUAUAUAUAUAUCAC